CUGUCGCUGGUGGAAAAAAAAAAGAAAGUUUCCAAGAUGGCGGCGUGGAGCUGCAGGUCCGCUGGAAAACAAUAGAAGCAGCGCAGAGGGACAGUUAGCCGCUUCGGAGCCGCUCCUGACCGAGGAGCCGCCGCCUCGCCGCCGCGCACAGCCCGGCCCCGGGGAGGCUUAUCCUUCACCUCGGCACAAACGCGAUCAGAGCACGGUGCUUCAUUUAAAUGUCUGAUGCUAGUCGAGCUAGCGCCCCCCCGAACACAGCGUUAGCAGCUAGCGGCUCGCGGCUACACGGAGGAUCAGCUGUUAGGCAGAUGCUGUAGGAACAGCCUCGCUGCACAGUAAGUGGAUUUCAAACAUUACUACGUUUCACUGUGGACGCGGCGGCUCGUGGGGGGCGCGGGGCGAACCUCCGACCGGGAGGGGACAGGAUGUGUUUGCUAUCGAAGGACCCGCUGCCAACUUAGUGGAUGUUAGCAUGUUAGCUGCUGCUGGCUACACACAGCCCAGCGGAAUACUCGAGUUAAAUAAAGUUUGAGCCAAGUUGUAGAGUCGCAGCGAUGCUUCCACAGACCGAAGCCGUCCACCGAGCCCUACCUGCGGGCAGAGCAGCAGCUAAUGUCCGCUAGCUCCGGAGCCAGCAGGUAGAAGCGGCCGCUCGUCAUUUUAAAGGAAUUUUCGACGCUUCAACUUUGAUUUGUGUGGAGGAAUGUGCUAAGUGGAGCGAGCCCGACGGGACGCAGGUCGGUGGCGACGCCGCUUCCUCUCGGCACAUUUCGAUGUGGAUGAUUUGAAGUGGUGCUCGUAGCUCGGGGAUGACCACGGGAAGGUGCGGGGUAGGUUCGGGGGUAAAGUCCGCAGCAGGACGCCAGCAGCUCCGGGUCACAGACACUUUAACGAGCUGCUGCACCGAUGAGCUCCGUAGUUUUCACUGGCUUUAACUGAGAUUAACCAGGAGGCUGAAUGGUGUUGCACCCAAAAACCUUCGUCUUCCUCCCCGGCAGUGAGUGCCGCUGUGACCGAAGCCAUUAGCGAGACAAAGGUCGCCUCCAUGGAGCCAGCACAGGAGUCUUUGUAGAGGGCGAGGGGGGGUGUAUAGACGCCCACGGUGAAAAGAGCCAAUUUCAGCUUUUUAUGGACGAAACCUGAGCCGGAGUUUACUACAAGUCUGUAUUGAUGAUGGCGGAUUUUGUUACACCGCGACACAGCGCGGUGAUGGAGAGGCUCCGCCGGAGGAUCGAGCUCUUCCGGCAGCAUCACAACAGCUGCGAGAGCCGCUACGAGAACGCGACGCUGGAGCGGCUGGAGCUGGACAGACAGCAGACCUUCGCCCUGCACCAGCGCUGCCUGCAGGCCAAGGCCAAGAGGUCCAACAAGCACCGGCAGCCCCAGCCCAGCGGGGACCAGGCCGGCCAGAGGGCGCCGGGAGGCGGCGGAGGAGGAGGCAGCGCGGAGCUCGCGGAGAGCGGAGGGACGGCGGCGGAGCAGAGCCGGAACAGCACCCUGAUGGCGCUGCAGGAGACGGUAAAGAGGAAGCUGGAGAGCGCUGGUUCUCCGUUGGGCAGAGACCAAGUUAACGGUUUCAGCGACGGUUUCCCCCCCAACAAGAAGUCCUGUCUGGACAACGGCACGACUAACGGCUCCCCGCUUGACUCCAAGCUGGGGAUCAGUGACUCUCUGACCUCUAACGGGAACCAUGGGCCGGCGGGGGAGUCGACGGACAGCGGUGGCGAGCCAGGUUUGGACUUCCUUAGGAAGGAGAUGAAGCAGGAGCCAGAUGACAUCCUGCCCAUCAUGCCUCCAUCAGGAGGAGGCAACAACAGCCUGUUCCCUGACCUCAACCUAAAUGAGCAGGAGUGGACGGAGCUGAUGGAGGAACUGAACUGUGCCGUGGCAUAUGAGGACAUUCAAGACAUUCUCAACGACGGCUUUGAGGACCGCAAAGACCCUCUAGAGCUGGCACCCACUCCGGGUGGGGGUGGGUCGGUGGGGGGAGGAGCAGGAGGUGGUGUGGGGGGCCAGCCGUCCCAGGGACUACUUCCUCCAGAUCUGGUGAAUGUGAAGACGGAGUUCUCUCCGGCCUCUGCAGUUUUCGAGCAGGACUCUCGCACCGGCUCCCCCCAUGUAAGGUCCACCUCCUCUGGGCCGCCUCCUCACCCCACCAGCUCCCCCAUCGCCUCGUCCUCUGCCUCUUCUCCGGCUCUGCCCCCUUCCCAGCCUGCUCCCAACCCCAGGCAGCUUCAGCCUCCCCCCAACCACCUUCUCCCUCCGGGGCCCCAGGUGCCUAAAGAUCUGUCCCCUGCUCAGCAGCUCCAGCAGCUGGCAGCCCAGCAGCAGAGAGCGCAGCACCUCCAUGGCCAGAUGCAGCACAAACAACCACAGCCGGGGGCCAAGUUCCACAACCAGGGGCCCCGUGCCCACCCCCCACCUUGGCCCCAGAUGGCCAACACCUCUCAGAGCCCACUAGGGGGAGCGUUUGUUAUGGACAAACCCACGAGUCCCUCCUUGUACCCACAGGACUUUAACCCAAAUGCUCAGAAGCAGCUGCUGAUGCCCGGUCAGCCCAACAAAGGCUCCCCCAAGGCGGGGCCGGGCGGCUACAUGCCGGGGCACGGCGGGCACCCCAACAUGCUGGGUCACCCGACUUCAGGGCCUCCUCUCGGCCACCCUCAGGCCCCUGGACCUCAGGCCCAGGCCGCCAUGUUGAACUACAACAACACCAAACCCCUGUCACACUUUGAGGCGGGGCCCGGGCCUGGGCCCCCUCGGCCCCCCAACACUCAGAGCCAGAACAAGGCGGCCCUGCUGACGCUGCUCAGACAACAACAACAGAUCAAACAGAAGAACAGCAUGAACUUUCGCCAACAUAUACCACACACACAGGACCAGAACAACUACCCCGCUCCUCCUCACGGCCCAGGCCCCGCCAACACCAUGGCACCUGCGCCGGGAAACAACGGCAUGGCGCCCCAGCCAGGGCCAAACGCCAUGGCAGGUAACCAUGCUAACGCUGCGUACCUGAGCAACCAGGCGGCGGUGGCGGCGGUGCUGAAACAGCAGCAGCAGCAGCAUCAGCAGCAGAUCCUGGAGCAGCAGAAGCAGCAGCAGCAGUACAUGCAGAGACAGCAGCUCAUGGCUGAACAGGAGAAGCAGCGGCAGCAGGAACAGCAGCUUCAGAGGCGCCUGACCCGACCGCCACCGCAGUACCAGGACCAGCCGGGUCAACCAGCCAAUCAGAACCCUUUCCCACAGCAGUCAGUCAACCAGUUUACAGCUUCGUCUCAGCCAAUGGGCAGCGUCGGCUCCAUGGGAGGCCCCGCCCCUGGCUCCCAGCGUAUGUUCCCUCAGAACCAAGGCAUGAUGGGAAUGAAUAUGGGUCAGGGCGGUGGGCCCGCAGGCGGUGUAGCUCCGCCCUCUGCGGCGAGCCAGUCUGACAUGAACCUAUCGUCCUGCGGAGGGGGCGGGGCUGGCGUGGACGUCCAGCAGGUCCUCUACAAUAACAUGAACCUUCACCCCAACCACCCGGCCCACACGCCGCAGCAGGCCGCCCUGCAGCGUCAGACGCUGGGGCCCAUGAGCGCCUCCUACAGGCAGAGCCUUCUGGCCCAACAGCAGCACCUGAAGACGCAGCCCAACGCCGCCAUGCUGAAGCAGCAGCAGCAGCUAGCUGCCGCUGCCGCCGCCGCCCGCAUGCCGGGCUCCAUGCAGAACAGUAUAGGAGCCACCCUGCCCAGCUCAAUGCCAGGGAACAUGCAGAGCGCACAGAGCGCCGCCUGGCAGCAGCAGCUCGCUAACCAGCCGCCCUCCGGGAACGCUGGCCUGCCCCCCAAUGCCUUCAGCAACACGCCCAACGCCUUCCACAUGCAGCAGCAGCCUCGCAUUCCCAAGAUGCCACCGGGCGCCGCACCCUUUGGUGCAAACCCUGCAGGUCGCCCAAUGGGGGGCCUGAACCCCGGGCAACAGAUGAUGCAGGCAAGUAUGGCUGCAGCCCAACAGAGGGCGCCACCUAACCCUCAGAGCCUGGGCCAGCCCAUGGCCAAUCAGCAGCAGACUCAACAACAGCAGGCCAAUCAGAACCAGGCCGUCCUCCCUGACCUGGUGGCGUUCGGACAGCCGCAGGGUAACGGUCGGCAGGGACUGCAGUGUAAUCAAGGGUUCCAGGUGAGCAGGACUGCCAAUCAGCAGCAGCAGCAAGUGUCGUUUGGAUACAACAUGGCGUCGGGGAGCUUCGCUGCAGAGAGCGAGCUGGUGGACUCGCUGCUGAAGGGUCAGAACCCUCAGGAGUGGAUGGCCGACCUGGAUGAACUGCUCGCCAGCCACCAUUAGUCAAACACCUGCACCUGGAGCCCCUGAACCCUGCUGAGCUGAGGCGGCACGUUGGAAACACGGACGACGAGCCGCCGCCGCUACGAUGAGAAAAGACAAGUUUCUUUUUUUCAGACCAACAGAUCGUUUAGAUCUGGAGAAAAAGAUUCAGACGAGGUCUGUGAGUUAGCAUUAGCCCCCCCGGCCAAUGAGAAGCAACCAGCGGUCAGCUGAUGGCGUUCAUCAGUUUCCUGUGGUUGAGCAGUGGACGCCACACUGGCUGUUGUUGUUCAACACUGACCUGUUGAUAAGACGUUUUCUCCCCCACACGU